AACUCCCAGAAGAGCUGACGCUUUGUCGCGCAUGCGCGCAACAGCGGCCAGCCGAAGGAGUCCAAGUCGGCGUUAGCGUUUAACCGUUGUUGCCUUGUAUGGCGAAGAAAUAUCCGCUUUCAUCUGACGAUUCGCCACAGCUCGCGCGUGUCGUUGUGUCCGCUUUGGUUCAAGACACGUUCAUCAAAUCAAAGUGCGUGACAUCGGCCGAACGGAAGGAAGCGAGAGGCGAGCAAGCGGCGUUUUCUCCCAGCCCGGAAUCGCCGGAGAACGCUAGCUAGCUAACUAGCAGUGCGCUUCCCAUAACCGCCGGUUCGCCAGAUAACGGAAACCCCGCAGCUUCUCUAGGUGGUCUGCGGGAGCCUGCGCCAUGGCGUGCGGAGCCACUCUGAAAAGGACUCUGGAUUUUGACCCGUUACUGAACCAGGCUUCCCCGAAGAGGAGGAGGUGCGCCCCGGUCCGGUCUCCCGUCGCGUCGCCGCAGAAGUACCUCCGCCUGGAGCCUUCGCCGUUUGGACAAGUGUCGUCCAAGCUCAGGACAGAGCAAAUCCUGCACAACAUCAAACAGGAAUACAAGCGGCUCAAACGACGCAACCUGGACGCUUGUUUCCAGCAUUUAGACGGCUUCUCCCCUCUGGAUCAUCACAAUAUUCCCAGUGGAUCUUCCCAAUCAGGUUCGUGCUCAGGCGCUUCUUCUCCCACCAGGAAAGAGCCGCCCUUGUUUUCCCUGCGACAGGUCGGGAUGAUCUGCGAACGACUACUGAAGGAGCGCGAGGAGAAAAUCCGGGAGGAGUACGAGGAGAUCCUCACGACAAAGUUAGCAGAGCAAUAUGACGCCUUUGUCAAGUUCACACACGAUCAGCUCAUGCGGUUUGGCGAGCAGCCUGCUAGUUAUGUAUCCUGAAUAGAGGAGGAGAAUAACACGAGCCGCUGGACCCGCAGUGGUGUAUUUGGACUUUUUCUUAGCUGUGCCAUAUCGCCUCCCAGUGGACUACACGGACUAGUCUUCGGCUUUCACGUUUUUCUUUUUUUUCUUUUUUUUUUUUUUUUUUUUUUUUUUGCUGUCGCUGGUGCAGUUUUGGGAGGACUCUUUGCUGUCGCGCAUCCCAGGACCUUCUGUGACUGAAUACAACCGGCGGCCUCGCUAUAAUAUAUUCGGCGUUCUUCCUCGGAUGCCUUCACAUGUACGAGGGCGACUGCCACCGAAACUCUCUCACGGGCUUUUCAAUUUAAUUCUCUUUUCAAUUGUCCUUAUUUUACUAACUAACUCCACUUGGUUUUGUUGUACAUUUUGGGGAAGUGAUGAUGUUCUGUAAAAGGUAGCCUUCAGACUAGACUUGAAGGAACAGAAAUGAAUUUUUUGUUUCACGCCAUACAGGAAUUAUUGCAUCUACAUUUGUACACUCCAUGUUUUAUGUUGUUUUCUGUUUGAUGUAUACAUUAUACCAAAACAUUUGGAAAACGUAAUAAAAUUUCCACAAAACUUAAUGGCUAUUU